GGAACAAGAGAGACAAUAAAACCAACGACUCUGCACGCGUCUGGCUCAUUCUUCUAUUCACGGCCACCGUCCCCGAGAAACUAGCAAAAAAUACUACAACCAAACAUGAGUCUACAGUCGGAUGCCGUUUUCCAGAAAAUCAUCGAUGGCCUGAAGGAGAACGAGGCUAAGGCCAAGGCUGUGAAUGGUGUGUUUGUCUAUAAAAUCACCAAGGAUGGCAAGGUGGCCAAGGAAUGGACUCUGGACUGCAAGAGCGCCAAGGCCUAUGAGGGACCCGCACAGGGCGUCAAAGUGGACACCACCCUGACGGUGGCUGAUGAGGACAUGGUUGAUAUUGCCCUCGGCAAGCUCAAUCCCCAGGCAGCAUUCAUGAAGGGAAAAUUGAAGAUUUCCGGCAACAUCAUGCUCACACAGAAGCUGGCGCCUCUGCUCAAGACCGAUGCCAAGUUGUAAGAGGCAGUUGCAGACAAAGAAGGAGCACCAAGGAGCAGCCGCAUUCCAAGCAGUCACAUUUCUGUAUAUCUAUAUUUUUUUGGCGUAUUUCGUAUUCAUAUGUUUUUGUUUCACCCUCUAAUUAAUGUUAUUUUUGUACGGGAA